GGUCAACGUGGUGACGUAUUUAUGGGAACUCGGGCAGGAAACUCCAGUGAAAGUGAACUAAAGGUUUGACAAUGUCAUUGAAACAAAGAAUUGCAUUUCACUCGCGGUUGAAUAAAUCUACUUUAAACUCGGACUAUUGGUAUAGUAAGCAAGAAAAGAGGACACGCGGGGACAGAGCAAGUUUCACUACAGUUGCGCUCCAACCUAACAGUUCCUCUCUGAACACAAUUUUGACGAGCAGCAUCCAUUCGCGCUGUAAGCAAUGUAACACCGAUUCGGGCUCUUGCAACCUUGACAAACGAACAUGGAGAAUGAGACUAUUUACGGGAGUGAGAGCAACUAAGGUUUUUAAACGGAGCUUUUUAUUUGUCAGAGAGCUGAGCACCUCUAUACUUCAGUAUGAAUUGAAAACAGAUAUGACAAAGUCUGGAAACCGACGGCUGUAUUUUGAUACCCAUGCAUUGGUUCGACUCCUCGAAGACAAUGGAUUCACCACUCAGCAAGCUGAAGUAAUUGUCAGGAUGAUGGUCAGGACAACACACUCCAACAUGGAUCUAAUCUAUAAUGACAUGGUAACCAAAGUGCAGCAGGAGAUCAUGUUGCAGAGGGUGUUUUCCCAAAUUGCAUCGGUGAAAAAGGACAUGAUUAUCCUUGAAAAGAGUGAGUUCUCUACUUUGCUGGCAGAGAAUGAGAAAGUCAAGGUAGAGCUACUGCAACUGAAGGUGCAACUGGCUGAUGUGAUGAAUAAAGUCCGCUUUGACAAUAUCUUGGAUAUGAAUUCGGAAAAAAGCAGCAUGAAAGAAAUGAAAUCAGAGCAUGAGAAGAGACUCAUGGAAAGUCAGACCGAGAUAAUGGAAAUGAAUGCUGAGCAAAAUUGUCAUUUGACUCGGUCCAAUAUGAAAAUCGACACUGAAGUGGCAGGAUUGAAAACCAUGUUGGAAGCUCACAAACUUGAUACUAUCAAAUACCUUGCAGGUUCAGUCUUCACUUGUCUCACUGUGGUUCUCGGAUUCUAUCGCAUCUGGAUGUGACUCCGGGGUGUACAGGAAGAGCUGGUCAUCUGGACCACUGUAGCUCAAAAGUAACCCAUUUGAACUGCCACCAUUUUGUGUUUGAUAAAUAGUCAAUUGCUAUAGGAACAAACAACCACUGGCUGAUGGCAUGAAGACAGAUCAAAUGCUUUGAUGUUGAUUGACAUUGAUAUUUCUGAGGACCAAUAACUUGAUUUAGAAGAUGAACCCAGCAAACCAUGAAAUGCGAAAGGCUGCACUUGUAAAGCACUAUCCAACAUUUUUUAUAGGGUUUUUAAUUGGUUGUGUUUUCAUAGAGUACCCUACAAAUUAAUGACAUGUAAUUUAAAGAUAGAAUCCUGACAUAUGUAUUUGUUUGUACAUGCACUGUUAGGCAAGGAACCUGUGUAUGUUGUGUUUGAGAAGUAUGUUGUAAAAAUGCAUCGAUAUAUACUGUAAUUGCCAUGCUGUCCAAAGUGCAUUUCCGGCUAUGUAACCAGUAAGAUGCAAGUCUGUAUAUUUUAACUGUUGUAGACACUACGGGACUCGUGAGUCAUUGGAACACACAUUCCAUCAGUCUAAUGAACUAUUUUUUAUGACCAUAGUAGAUAUUGUAAAACUGUAUAAAAGGAAAGCAGCACAUACAAUGGGCAGAACAAGUACUUGAUAACUUGCAAAAUCGGCAGUGUUUCCUACUUACAAAGCAUGUAGAGGUCUGUAAUUUGUAUCAUAUGUACACUUCAACUGUGAGAGACGGACUCUAAAACAAAGAUCCAGAAAAUCACAUUUGUAUGAUUUAAGUAAUUAAUUAGCAUUUUAUUGCAUGACAUAAGUAUUUGAUACAUCAGAAAAGCAGAACUUAAUAUUUGGUAUAGAAACCUUUGUUUUCAAUUACAGAGAUCAUACGUUUCCUGUAGCUCUUGACCAGGUUUGCACACACUGUAGCAGGGAUUUUGGCCCACUCCUCCAUACAGACCUUCUCCAGAUCCUUCAGGUUUCGGGGCUGUCGCUGGGCAAUACGGAAUUUCAGCUCCCUCCAAAGAUUUUCUAUUGGGUUCAGGUCUGGAGACUGGCUCGGCCACUCCAGGACCUUGAGAUGCUUCUUACGGAGCCACUCCUUAGUUGCCCUGGCUGUGUGUUUCGGGGCGUUGUCAUGCUGGAAGACCCAGCCAUGACCCAUCUUCAAUGUUCUUACUGAGGGAAGGAGAUUGUUGGCCAAGAUCUCGCGAUACAUGGCCCCAUCCAUCCUCCCUCAAUACGGUGCAGUCGUCCUGUCCCCUUUGCAGAAAAGCAUCCCCAAAGAAUGAUGUUUCCACCUCCAUGCUUCACGGUUAGGAUGGUGUUCUUGGGGGUUGUACUCAUCUUUCUUCUUCCUCCAAACAUGGCAAGUGUUUGGAGGAACUUCAGACGGGCCUGGACAUGCGCUGGCUUGAGCAGGGGGACCUUGCGUGCGCUGCAGGAUUUUAAUCCAUGACGGCGUAGUGUUUUACUAAUGGUUUUCUUUGAAACUGUGGUCCCAGCUCUUUUCAGGUCAUUAACCAGGUCCUGCCGUGUAGUUCUGGGCUGAUCCCUCACCUUCCUCAUGAUGAUCAUUGAUGCCCCACGAGGUGAGAUCUUGCAUGGAGCCCCAGACUGAGGGUGAUUGACCGUAAUCUUGAACUUCUUCCAUUUUCUAAUAAUUGCGCCAACAGUUGUUGCCUUCUCACCAAGCUGCUUGCCUAUUGUCCUGUAGCCCAGCCUUGUGCAGGUCUACAAUUUUAUCCCUGAGGUCCUUACACCCUCUGGUCUUGUCCAUUGUGGAGAGGUUGGAGUCUGUUUGAGUGUGUGGACAGGUGUCUUUUAUACAUGUAACGAGUUCAAACAGGUGCAGUUAAUACAGGUAGAGUGGAGAACGGGAGGGCUUCUUAAAGAAAAACUAACAGAUCUGUGAGAGCUGGAAUUCUUACUAGUUGGUAGAUGAUCAAAUACUUAUGUCAUGGAAUAAAAUGCAAAUGAAUUACUUAAAAAUCAUACAAUGUGAUUUUCUGGAUUUUUGUUUUAGAUUCAGUCUCUCACAGUUGAAGUGUACCUAUGAUAAAAAAUGACAGACCUCUACAUGCUUUGUAAGUAGGAAAACCUGCAAAAUCGGCAGUGUAUCAAAUACUUGUUCUCCUCCCUGUAUGUAUGACUAAACACAAAGCUAUAAUAUAGGAUAAUUUGACCAUAAUGUUUUUUAUAUUUACUUGACCCUAAUAACAUUUGCAUAGGAUACCUUUAUUGUGAAGGAAACAAGCCAGAAGUUAUUUCCCGUGGUCCUACACGUGCUUAUAUUUGUAAACUUCCCCUGUUAGAAAUAAUGCAAUUCAUCAUGUUUGAAUUAUUUAUACUGGUGGUCGUGUUUUAAUGAGAAACUUGCUUUCGAUAGAUACCAUCUAUGCCUGGGUCACCUCUAAAUGAUUUGAUUUGA